UAAACAAAAAGGAAGGAAGCCUCCCGCGGCACGAUCGCGGCAAAAUCGGUUCAAAAGUCGAGGUCGUCAGCCGCCGUUAGCGUCUUAAUGUCCCGGUUCCCCUCGUAGCUCCCCCCCCCCACCGGCGAGCACCACCAUGGACGACUCCAUCACCUUCCGUAUGAGCGCGUUCUCCGAGCAGGGAGGGAGGAAAUACAUGGAGGACGUGGUCGAGAUCAAAAUCGAGUACGAGCCGACGGCGGCAGCGGAGGAUCCUCCGAAGACGCAGCGGCAGCAGGACGGAGGACAGCCGGGGGCACCGGAGGGAGAAGCCGCCGGACAACCGGACACCCGAGCGCGGGUCGACCGUGACGUCGCCGCCGAGUCCGGUCCCGUUUCUGCGAUGUGGGUGGAGAGUGUGUCCGGGGGAGAAGCACCGGAGCCGGCCGGGAAGGAUGCGGAGCUCGUCGUGGACACCCGCCGGUCCGUGGCGUUCUUCGCCGUGUUCGACGGCCACGGCGGCCGGGAAGCCGCGCACUUCGCCCGGGACAAUCUGUGGGAGCUGCUGAAGCGGCAGCGGGGCUUCUGGUCGCAGGAUCCCGGCGAGGUGUGCGCCGCGCUCCGCAAGGGCUUCGUCGCCUGUCACCACGCCAUGUGGAAGGAGCUGCCGGUGUGGCCGAAGACCAUCACUGGUCUGCCCAGCACAUCGGGCACCACAGCCAGCGUGAUCGUGAUCCGUGGGGUUCACAUGUAUGUCGCUCAUGUCGGGGACUCGGCGGUCGUGGUCGGAGUGAAAGAGAACGAGUCCGACAUCACGCUCCAGGCACUUGAAGUAACACAAGACCACAAACCUGAACUCCCCAAGGAAAAGGAGAGGAUCGAGCGACUGGGUGGCAGCGUCAUGAAGAAAUCUGGGGUGAACCGUGUGGUGUGGAAGAGGCCUAGACUGACCCAUAACGGCCCUGUGAGGAGGAGCACAGUCAUCGACCAGAUCCCCUUCCUGGCUGUGGCCCGAUCCCUAGGUGAUCUCUGGAGCUAUGAUUUCUACAGUGGGGAGUUUGUGGUGUCACCAGAGCCUGAUACCACCGUGAUGACCCUUGACCCCAAACUGCAUCGCUACAUCAUCCUUGGCAGUGAUGGGCUAUGGAAUAUGAUGCCACCCAAGAAUGCUGUGAAUAUGUGUUAUAGCCAUGACAAAAUGGUGGGGCCAAAGGGGAUGUCUUGUGCCCGCCGGCUUGGAUGCACAGCCCUACUGUUCUGGAAAGAGCGCAUGCUCCGUGCAGACAACACAACAGUUAUCGUCCUGGCCCUCCAGGAGCCCGGCGGACCGCCUGUCCCUAUGCAUCGAGAUGAGAUCGUUGUGGACAUGGCCACUGGAAUGGACCACGUUCCAUUCCCGGGAACCCCUUACAACACAUAUGAGGUCCCAAAGUUAAAAUAUGAUGCUUCACAGACACCGGCGGUCACACAGUUUCCGUCCGAGGACCUCUCGUUCACCCAAUCACUCUUUUGUUUUCGGGGCCAACAGGCGGAGCAUGAGGAUGGCAUGUUUUUUGAAGAAGAUGAGAUAUAUGGAGAAGAACAUGAGGAUUGGACAUGCCUGGAGUGGUAGUGAGAGUGAAGCAGGGGCCACUCCCUCCCGUUUCAGAGCGAGUUGCACAGCUCUGGAGCAGGCGCUUGGGCUGCACGCAGCAGCCGCCGGUGCCACCGCGCAGCUCUUACCUGACCAGGACUCUGUCGGGACCACACUGUCCUCAUCGCACGGCCCGGAGAAGGUUUACGAAAAGCAAGACUCGACAACCCAAAUGGACUGCGGCGCCUCCGAUCCGCCACCGAAAAGGUCUCGCCGUUCGCCGCACACUCCCCCCGAACUUGAGGGCCGGUCGCCCGACAGCGUCUUGCCCCAGAAUACGCCUUGUAGCAAAGCACCAAGUGAACAAUCCCGUGGAACACACGCUCCGAAAGGAGAGAGAAGCUCCUCGGAGGAACUCGCUCUCCUGUCACAGCACCACAAUGCUGCCUUGUGCGUGUGCUGAAUCUUGUCCUUUUCUCCCCCCCCACCCCACCCCCCCGAGACUAGAAAGAUAAACGGCAUCAUGUCAACUUUGCUUACGUACCAGUUGUGCUGCAGGCCUGUUCUUAGAUGUAUACUUUUAUACAAAAGUCUUUUCUUUUUUUUAUGUAAAUAUUUGAGAAAUUUGAAAUUGUUCAUGUGUUGAUGUUAUUCCUGCUUCCCUCUUCUUCCACCCCCCCCCCCUCUUAAAAUGUAAGUGUUCGGUACUUUAAAACUUGAAAUUUAAGAUUUGUUCAAUCGACACAAUCUAUUUUCAUACUUAUAAGUAUGUACAGUAGAUCCAGAAUAUGUAUUUUGAAGAAGACGGAUCACUACAAUCUGACGUAACUUCAGUUGGUUCACCUGAAUUGUGACGCAUGCGUUCUUCCAGUCAAGAUUUGUAUUAUUACUACAAAUUUUUGCGUUUUGUAUUGUUUUGACUCGUUGGCUGCUGUAACAUGUCACUCUUUAUAGGGUUAAUACCUCAGACCAGUGCUUUGUUUUUUGGAACUUUCUGCAUCUACUGUUAAUGGUUAGAUUUCACCUUCUGUUGUUCUGUAGGUAAAAGUGUAAUUGGAACCGAAUUGACAAAAAAAUGGUCUUAGGAAAUUAUGCGGGUAUUGAUUUUAUUUGUAAUUUUUUAAAACUUUUUUUAUUUAAUUUUUAUCAGUGACUUAUUAUGCACUGUUAUGAUCUUAACUGUUACUCUGCUAUUGGUGAAUCUUAUGGAUAGCGUGUGAGGAGAAAUUAAAGGGUCAGUUCACCUAAAAAACAGAAAAAACUAUAUAUAUAUCAUGUCUCAAUUCAAGAGCUGCACUCUUCGGGGGCGUGGCCAGCUCGUCCCAUCCUUAUUGCUAUCGCCUAGCAACUGAGCUUAAGUUUGAUACACACAGAAAGUUUGAAUGCCCCCAUGUGAUGCAAUCCAUCCAAUGCCGCCUCUGAAGCUAUGAAUUAAAUCACAGCUAUUCUCUCACUUGGCAAAGUGGCAUCCGCGUACAUGUUCAUGAUUUGAGUGAACUGACCCUGACCCAUUUUACUUCUGUCACUUCUUGGCUGGAUAGUCAUAUUGUUCCAUUCCAAGCACAUCCACCAUUUAUCAUCCUCAUCAUUGAGCUUGCCUAGAAGUAAAUUUGUUUUAAACAGGCAGAAAUAUUUGCUGUAUUGUUCUAUGUACUGUAAAAUCUAGGAUUUAUACAUUACCUGUGCGAAAGUGGAAGGUGACUGAUGUUAUUUUUAUUGUAUCAGGCUCAUUUUAAGCGAUUUUAAAAUGUCUUCCACUUUGUUCUUAUAUGGUUUGCAUCUCUUACUUGUGUUUUGGUAUUCGCAUUUAAUACAAAAAGUGCCCGAUUCCUGUUUUCAAGUAAAUUACAAAAAUGGUCAAAGGUCUAACACGUGUUCAUAUGGCAGCUCAACUACUCUGCUAGCUGAUGUGUUUGCCUUAUUUUUACAAAAGUUUCAUCGUUGCCUUAGCACAAAUUAGUCAGAGGUUCUUUCACGUGAAUUUUACAACCCCCCUCCCCCCUCCAAAAAAAAAUGAAAGCGAAUCUUUCGGAUAAGUCGAUGUGCUUGCAACCUCGGCGCUGGCCUCGACCUUCAUCUCUUCACCACUCACAUCUUUACCAUUUCCACUGCAGCAUACUGCACCCGCUCCACGUGGUUAAUGUUUUCCAGUUGUACUGCAGAGCAGUUUGUCAAUGUUUGUACAGUGAGUCCAUAUGCAAUAGAAGUCUGUACAGUACACUAUUAUGCAAAGUGAUUGGUCGUCAGGAGUCUGGCAUGCUCGGAACUGCUCUGUAUAUUGUGAAAGUGUUCAGGGGUGAUGGAUGUUCAUGAGCAUGUGGUGUGUUUUGACAAUUACAAUACCUGGGUCCAGCUUCCGUUCGGCUGGAGCCAGUUGUCCGGUCAAAUAUAUAUAUAUAUAUAGUACAUACAGUUCUUUACAUGCUUUGACCAGAUAUAAAGUUUUUGUGUUGUAAUAAAGUUCUCAUUUUCCAA